AUGAGAAUAACAAUGGCUGGCAAUGUCUAUAGCUUUGGUGUCAUUCUGCUAGAAUUGCUGACAGGAAAGCCAGCAGUUAGUCAAGGAACCGAAUUGACCAAGUGGGUGUUGAGCAACCCGGCGCAGCAAAAUAAGUGGGAUAACACUCUUGAUCUCACUGUGAGCAGAAAAUCAGUUGCCAUUAGGAGCCAAAUGGUGGCAGUCCUGAAGGUUGCUCUAGCUUGUGUCAGUGUCUCACCCCAAGCCAGGCCGAAGAUGAAGAGCGUGUUACGAAUGCUCCUAAAUGCAAGAUACAUAGAAAGCUUCAAGAUACGGAAUAUGAAUUAG